ACAAUUAUCUUCAACGAAACGAAAUUUUCCGAAACGUUCCGAGGUUGGAUGGCCAGGAUGGAUCAAGAACUAGAGGGAAUCAGAAUCACCGUGUAUCGUAGUCCACGUGAAAGAAGAAUCCACGCAUCCAAAUGAAAAGGUACUUGAUUCCGCCACGUGUCCUGGGAGGUGGAUGCGUAGUACGAGUUGCAGUGAAAGAGAAGGCAGAGGAGGACGAAGAAGAAAAUCAGAGGAAUGACGACGAUGAAUGUGGUGAGUACGUUAAUGUUGACUCGGUUACUGACUCGGGACCAACUCGCUGGCCCUGAAGGCAUACCCUUCGGAUCGGUAUGGUGGUUCAUCUAUGCCGGAAUAUCCUGUUUCCUCGUCAUUUUCGCCGGAAUCAUGUCCGGUCUAACCCUAGGUCUGAUGUCUCUUGGCCUCGUCGACCUCGAGAUUCUUCAACGCAGCGGUUCUCCUUCCGAGAAAAAGCAAGCAGCGGUUAUACUACCUGUGGUUCAAAAACAACAUCAACUUCUCGUGACUCUGCUUCUGUGUAAUGCUGCUGCCAUGGAGGCCCUUCCGUUAUACCUAGAUAAGCUGUUCAAUCAGUUUGUUGCUAUCAUUCUCUCUGUGACAUUCGUUCUGUUUUUUGGGGAGGUUAUUCCACAAGCAAUUUGUAGUAGAUAUGGCCUUGCUGUAGGUGCCAACUUCGUAUGGCUUGUGCGAAUUUUAAUGAUAAUUUGUUACCCAGUUGCUUAUCCCAUCGGAAAGGUUCUAGAUUGGCUAUUGGGGCAUAAUGAGGCUUUAUUUAGGCGAGCUCAAUUAAAAGCUCUUGUCUCCAUCCAUAGCAAGGAGGCUGGGAAAGGCGGUGAGCUUACACAUGAUGAGACAACAAUUAUUAGUGGAGCUCUAGAUUUAACUGAAAAGACUGCUGAAGCAGCUAUGACUCCUAUUGAAUCAACUUUUUCUUUGGAUGUUAAUUCAAAAUUGGACUGGGAGGCAAUGGGUAAAAUUCUUGCUCGUGGGCACAGCCGAGUUCCUGUCUAUUCUGGAAAUCCAAAAAAUGUUAUUGGGCUUCUACUGGUCAAAAGUCUUCUCACUGUACGACCAGAAACCGAGACACCAGUCAGUGCUGUUUCCAUCCGGAGAAUCCCACGAGUUCCAGCAGACAUGCCUCUCUACGAUAUACUGAAUGAGUUCCAAAAGGGCAGUAGUCAUAUGGCUGCUGUUGUUAAGGCCAGGGGAAAAGGAAAAACAAAUCAUCAAACAAUUGAUGAAGAGAAAUACGAAGAAAACAAAAGGGAUGGUGGAGAUUCACAGUUGACUACUCCAUUACUACAUAAGCAGGAUGAGAAGUCAGAAAGUGUUGUUGACAUUGACAAGCCUUCAAGGCUUCCCAGCAUUAGUAAGCUAACUGAUUUUCAACGUACUGAUUCCCCAACAAAUGGUUCCUUUUCAGAAAAUAUUGAAGAUGGGGAAGUGAUUGGUAUUAUCACUUUGGAAGAUGUAUUUGAAGAACUUCUGCAAGAGGAGAUUGUGGAUGAGACAGAUGAAUAUGUUGAUGUUCAUAAGAGAAUACGUGUGGCUGCAGCUGCAGCUGCUUCCUCAGUUGCACGGGCUCCGUCAAUCCGAAGGUUGACUGGCCAAAAAGGAGCAGGAGGCCAAAGUAAGUCGGGACUUACUCCGAGGAAAUCUGCAGAGGAGGAUGGAUUGAAUACAAGGUUGUGAGCUCUCUAUUCUAUCCGGAACAAUUAUUAUAAUGAGGCUAAGUUUAUAAAAGGGAGUUCAUACAAGGGUGAUAAAUGUCACGUUUAAUGGUGAAUAUUUUAUUCCUUUUUCUCUCACAUAAAAGUGAUUUUUCACUCUUCAUUUCCAUUCUAUAAAGUUUUGUUUUUCUUGUAUUCUAAUUCGAAAAGGUUCAAAUUUUAUUCGUGACUGAUGAAGUACAUUUUAACUGGGAGCAACAUUAUAUAAGGUACCCUCUCUUUUUAAAUUCAUUCAAACGAAAUUAUGCUUAUU